CGUCCGUCGCUGGGGCGGCGCCAGGAGGAGCCGCGGGCACCCUAGCCCCUCAGCCUCCCUCGCUGCCAUUUUUAAACCAUGUGGAAGUGGGGCUCUCAAGAGAACUUGUCCUCCAAACCAGUAGCUUCUGGCUCACGAAAUGCAGCAAAUAUGCCAGUGGCUGAUUUAACUGAACAACUGGCACGUACUGAACAGCUGGUAACGCAACUCAAGGAACUUAUCAGAGAAAAGGAUACUGAGCUUCUCAAGAAGGAUCAUCAGUUAAAGGAAGAAAAAGAAGCUUCUGAAGCAAAGCUUUCUAAAGAAAAGUUGCACAAUAGAGCCAAGGUGACAUCCCUGACCUCCCAACUAGAAGAACUUAAGAAGCAGUUAUCAGGAUCUGGGCAACAGGAGUUGAAAGCAGAGCAAAAAAAAGCAUCUAAAGAUAGUGACCAUGAAAAUGCUGCUGCAAAUCGUGGGAAAAUACUAGUACUUAAAAGGAGGAUUGAAGACCUAGAAGCCCAAGUUGCACAAAAAAAUGAAGAGCUACGAAAUAAAACUUCUGAAUUGGAGGCGCAGUAUCAGCGAGGGGCAGAAAUGGAUGCCAUGCUUGUAGAAAAGGAAAAGAAACUACAUGAAAAAGAUGCCUACAUUGUUGAUUUGCAUUUAGCAUGUGGAGGAGGCGAUGUUACAAGAGUAACACUUGCCUGUAAUGAAGAAUUGAAGAAUCAGCUUUCUGCAAAAGAGUCUUCGCUGCAGAACAUGCAGAUUCUAGUUGAGAACCUUACAAAGAAGGUUGGAGACAGUGAAGAAAGAUGUAGUUUACUCCAGGAACAGAUUAAAAGUCUUCAAAAUCUUCAGAGCAAAGAGAAGGGCCAUUUCCAAGAACGAGAAGCUAUGUAUAUAGAAAAUAUACGUAUGUUUCAGAAUAUUAUCCAAGAAAAGGAAAAGGAAUUUGUUAUAGAAGCACAGAAACAUGAACAGGAGCUCUUUAAACUAGCUGCUAGAUCUGAUGCAAGCGCUGAUCUAGAACAGUUAUUAAAGGCCUUGAAGCAGAAGCUACAUGAAAAAGAGGAAGUCAUGCUGGGAAGGACACAGGUGAUAGUUAUGCUGCAGAAGGAACUGGAUGACAAGGACCAGCAGCUGAAAGAAAUUAAUGAAAACCUGAAACUCCUUCAGUCAGAGAAAAAUAAUCUCCAGUCUAAGCUAGAUGCUGAGAAACAUGUAAUGAAAGCCCAGUUGAAAGACAUGAUGGAGAAACAUGAACUUGAAAUGAAGAAGAGCCUAGAGAAACAUGAACUUGAAUUGAGGGCGAUGCAAGAGAAACAUAAUGCUGAAGCACGUGAAAUCCAAGACAGGCUUGAAACUAAGCUGCAAGAGAAAGAUCAAUCACUGAUGCAGCUUCAGAAACGAGUGACAGAAUUAAGUAAUAAUGGACAGAGUAACUCAGAACAAGUUAUAGAUAUAGAUGCUGUAAUCAAAGAAAGGAUGGAGCAACUAGAAGGUCAGGUGAAGUUGAAAACAGAAGAGGCAAGCAAAUCUGAAGCUAAAUUCCUUAAAACGAAGGCUUGGUCCAAAUCAAAAAUCAAACAGCUGGAGGAUGAACUGAAAAGUUUAUCAUCAAAGAAUAAUGACAUAUCUGCUUUAAACAACCAUAUCUCAGACUUAGAAAUUGAAAAGGAAGAACUACAGUCAAAACUGCAAGCACUUUCUGAACUCAGAACUCAAAAUGAAGAGCUACAGGCUAAGUUGGAAGUCUAUGAAGAACAGCAGCGAAAAUUGCAGGCUGAUCUUGAACAAGUCACAAAGAGGGCAGCCUCACAGGCCAGUGAAUCGGGCAGCGUGGAUGAGUUACAGAGUCAGCUUUUGGAAUGGCAGGAGAUUGUACCAGAAUCAGAGGAAGCACGUGACCAAGUCAGAGAAGAGAAAUCUGCCAUAGCUCUCAGAAUGGCACAGAUUGAAGAGGAGAGAGAAGGACUGAUUGAGGAUGACUGGUUCUUUCCUGGCUGCUCUGAUCCAGCCAUAGUCUCAGGGCAGCAGGAGCUGGAGGAGGAACUGACCACAGGUCAAGGAAUCGGCAGGCUGCAACAAUCAAGAAGGAAGAGCAACCAAGCCAGCAGGAAACUUCAGGAAGAAUACAGCUUUGAUGGGAAACAAUGCUUUCAAGAACUGAAUGUCACCUUGGAUAGCACUGAUUCAGCUGAAGGAGAGAACAUGGGAGGUUUACGGACAGUAGUUGAAGAGUUGGAAUUGGAACGAAAUCAACUGCAGGAACAAAUACUGUUCCUAGAGGAACGUUGUCAGGACUUGGAAGACAGAUUGCAGCUGCAAGAAAGAAUGGAGGGGCUUCAGAAUGAAAAUGAACGUUUGCAGACCCAGCUCACUCAGUUACGCAGCCAGCAAAUGCGAGAUGCAGAAAAGCAUCAAGGUCUCAUUUCCAAUUUGAAUGAACAGCUCAAAGGACUAAGUGAUAAAAACAGCUUCCUUGAAACUUCACUUGUGGAGAAGGAGCAAAAGCUGUUGAGUACAAAAGAAAAAGUAGAAGAAAUUGAAACUUUGAAGAGGACACUUCAAGACAAAGAUCUUCUUAAUAAGGAACUUAGUGAGAAGUUUGGGCAAAUUGAACUGAAGCUUGAUGAAGCCUUAAAAAAAUGCAGUACAUAUGAAGUGGAGUGUACUGAACAGAAGAUCGCUAUCAAUGAUCUAACAGAAAAAGUUGCUACAUUUAAAGAAAAGACCUUGAAGCAAGAUGCUGCAGUAGAAUUGAUGCAACAGGAUCUUGACCAGACAAAUGAGGAGCUUGACAGACUGAACACAAGUCAUUUGGAGGAGAGAUCUCAACUUAUUCAUGACCUACAGAGACAUGAGAGAGAAAUUGAUAACCUGAAAGAAGUGCUAGUAGAAAAGGACAAGGAAAUUUCUGUUCUCUCUUCAAGUAUGAUUGAAUAUUCUGAACAGAUUACCAUUCUGAAAUGUCAAAUCCAGAGCAAAGAGGCAGAGCUACGAGAGGUGGAAGAAGCCUUGUCAAAGGCUAAUAGGGAAAUUCACUUACUGAAAGAAGUACAAACAGUUGACAUAAGAGAUACAAGCAUGAAGAUUUCUGCACUUUCUGAGCAGAAUAAUACAAUGGCAUUGGAGCUGGACAAAGCUAAAGAGCUGAAUGGAGCUAAAACUAAAGAAAAUGAGGAACUAGUAAGGCAAGUCAGUGAGAGCAGCAUAAUUAUUAAGGAUCUGCGUUCUGAAAUCAAGGCCAACAAUAUUGCAUACCAUAAUAAGCUCAUGGAGUGUGAGUCGCAGAUUACUUUGCUGAAAGAACAAAUGACUAAAUCAUCAGAAAAGUUACAAGAAACUGAAAUAAAACACAAGGAAGAAACUGAAUAUUUGAAAUCCCAGCUUGAGGAAAAAAACUCUUCAAAGGAAAAAUUGAACAGUUUGCUGAAAGAGAAGGAAAACAAAGAACAGACACUUGAAAAUGAGUUAAAAUCAGUUAAAGAUGUUUACAACAAGCUAGUUUUGGAGGCUGCAAAAAAAGAUGAAGAACUGUCUAAGUUAUCUUUUCAGCUUACAGAAUAUAUUGAACAUCAAGAAACACUUAGGAAGGCUUUACAGGAGAAAGUAAAUAUUAUUACUUCAUUGGAGCAACAACUUCAAGUUGCCCAGCAGCAGAAUGAAGAGGCUAAGCUUACAUUAAUUGAAGAACUAAAAGCCAAAGAUAUGCAGAGCAAAGAACUUAACAACCAACUAAAUGAAAUACAAAAAAUUAUGAAUAAGAUGGAAAUAGAGGCACUAAGCAUUACUUCAGCUAAUAAGCAAUUGCAGGCAGAUCUUGAGGGGAAGGAAAAAGAUUUGGCAGAGCAAAUACAAGCUAAAGUAGAUUUGAGAAAUGCAGUAGAAGUUAUGGAAAAAGAGAAGCAACAGCUUAUAAGUGAAAAUGAGAGUUUGUCUAAAUUACUAGAUACAAAGGAGUGCGAAUUAUUGAUGAGAACCCAGGCUAUGGCAGCUAUGGAGGACAAGUUAUCUGUUAGUACUAUAGAGUACCAGAAAACUCUUUCAGAGCUAAGUGAUGUUAAAGAGACAUUAACAAAAAAGUGCAAGCAACUUUCAAUAUUUGCAGAGCAAAAAGAAAACUCUCUCACAGAGCAGGUGCUGGAGAAAACAAAGGAAUAUAAUGUACUAAUUAGUCAAUUGCGUGAACAAAUACAGUUGCUUACCAUCCAACUGAACAAUGCUGAAGACAGAGAAAUGGAAAAAGAGGGAAUGUUAAAUGGCAAGUUGUCUGAAUGCAAUAUGCUUGUCCAGAAACUCAGCCACAGUGAGGAAAAAAUAUUAUCAUUACAGAAACAAAUUCAAAAUAUAACUCUGGAUUUUGAAGGUACCAGCAGGUCUCUAGAAGAGAAAAUCCUUCAGAAUGCUUCCUUACUUAAGCAAGCAGAAGAAAAUAAUGUGGACAUGGCCAGGCUUGAGGAUGAAAUUCAAAAGCUUAAGGAUGAAAAUAUGAAAUUAAGUGAGCGGAUAGAAGAGAGAGACUUGACUAUUAAAAAUCAAGGUGUAGAGGUUGAAAAUUUUCAUAGGCAGAUUGCUGAGAAAAUAGAAGAAAGUGCAAAGUUAAAUAACCAGUUAGAGAUAUUUGGCAAACAAGUGGAGAUAUUAAAAUAUGAGAAGGAAGACCUUGCCGUUGCAUGCAGCAGAAAGUCAAAUGAUUGUGAUAUCCUCCAGUCUCAGCUCUUACAACACCAAUCUGAACUUGUUUCAAUAAAGAACAAAGCACAUGAACUAACCUUAGAAACUGAAAAAUUGAAAGUAGAUCUUGAAAUAGCUAAUGAAACCGUGAUAAAGAAAUCAGAUGAAAUAGCUACUUUGACUUCUCAUUUAUCUCAGCAAGGUCAUAAUAUUUUAGCUCUGAAGGACCAAAUUGAUAGCCUAAUAAUUGAGAAAGAAACAUUAAAAAUAAGUUUAGAAGAGAAGGAAGCUCUCCUUUUGAGAAAGGAGAUUUUGAUUGAGGAGAUGGGGGAAAAUAAAGUGGCAGAAGGGAGGUAUUUGCAAAUAAUUUCUGAUUUGCAAAUUCAGAUGCAAGUUUUGAGUUCUGAAACCAGUCAGAUUAAGCAGGCAAUGCAAGAAAAAGAAAAUGAAUGUAGAAGGCAAGCCCAAGAGUUAAAGCUGUUUAAAGAUAAAUCUGAAGAGUCUGGUAUGCUUAGAGUUCAACUGUCUGAGAAUAUGGAGGUGCUUUCCAAUCUACAGUGUCAGCUUAAAACCAUGACAGAAAAAUCAGCAGAACUGAAUGAAUCAAUUGUACAAAAAGACAAGUCUUUAAAGCAAAAAGUAGAUGAAUAUGUUAAUUUGAAAGCAUAUGUUUCUGAAAUGAAAGAGAGUUCCUUUAAGCAGCAGAAACAAUUGGAGGUUUUGACUUGUGAAGUAGAACAAUUAAAAGCAAUAAUUUUAGAGAAGGAAUUGAUUGUCAGUAAUACUACAUUACUCAAUGAGAAGCUGAAGAUACAGCUUCAAGACAAAGAGAAAGAGUGUGAAGUGUUAAAGAAACAGGUAACAGAUUUGGAAGAAGCAAAACUAAAACUAAAAACAGAGGUAAAUGAUCAGAAGAGAGUCAUAAAUGAUACUAACCAGUCAUUGGCAGAAAAAGAAUCUUUUCUUGUGGAAAACGCAAGCCUCCUCAAGAAGCUAAGUGACAAAGCAAUCGAAGAUGAUGGAAAGCUAAAGUUGCUUACUCAGGUUCAGAGUCAGGUGCAUGAGCUGAUGCAAGAAUUAGAAAAGUCCAGACAACAGCUACAGGAGAAAGAAAGUAUUUUCAUAUCUUUGCAGGAAAAGUUUACAGCAGUGUGUGAACAAAGAACGGAACUUAACAUAACACUCAGUAAAAAGGAAGAGAAUAUUACUGGACUUCUUAAUUCCUUAAAUGAAAAAGAUGCUAGUAUCCAGCUGGCAGAAAGCAAUAUUAGUGCUCUUACUAAGGAGAUCAAGCUCCUGCAGGAGAAGCUAGAGAAAAGUGAUACAGCCUUAAAAAACAUUGCUAGUGUUUUGCAGGAGAAAGAUGAAAACUUUGCCAUAAACCAAAAGAAAAUUGAUUCUUUGACAGUUGAGCUGUUCUCUAUAAAAACAGAGCACCAGAAAGCACUGGACCAGAUAAAUAUCUUCAAGCAAGAUGCACAGCAAAAAGAGCUAACUUUACAAAAUCUGCAACUGAAUUGUACUGAACAGGCUAAAAAUGUUGAAUUAUUAAAAUCUGAGCUAAACAACAUAAAUUCCAAAUCCUCUCAAGACUGCCAUGACCAUACGCUUUUAAUAGACAGUCUGCAAAAACAGGUAACUUCUUUAGAGAGGGAGAAAGUUCUCAGACAAGUAAAUGCAGAAAAACUGGUGGUAGAAAACAGAGAACUUAUUGCAUGCCAAAGUCUGUUACAACAAAAAUUAGAAAAACUGCAAGAAAUUAAUGAAAAAUUAGAAGCCAGUGAAAAUUAUUUCAGAAUGCAGAUAGAUGCUGUCAAACUACAGAUGAAGACUGAAAAAGAGCAGUUACAAAUGCAGGUUAGUUCAAAGGGUGAAGAGGUCUCUGAAUUAAAGCUUAAAGUUGGAAAGUUAGAACAAAGUGUACUUGAGUCUGAAAACAAAUGGGUGACAGAACUUGAUAGGGAAAUUCAGCAAAAUUCAGUUCUUAAUGAGAAGGUUAGGAGUUUAGAGAGUGAAAUGAAAUCAAAAGAUGGUAAAAUCCACUUUUUACAACAAGAGCUGGAUCUUAUGAAAGAGGAGUUAACCAAAAACCUAUCAGCAUUAUAUAGCACUAGACUUUUCUGCAAAGAACAGGAUGCAAACACUCCAAAUGCUAAUUAUCAAGUAACUGAUAGUAAAAUUAAAUGGGAAAAAUUCUCCAGCAUGAUAUCCACCAUUCUGAGCAAAGAAGUGGAAGGAGAAGGAUUGCAGCUGGCUCUUUUAGAAAAAAAGAAAGAAAUAGAUAUCUUGAAGAAGAAAUUAAGACAUAUGCAGUCACUAGAGGAAACAAAGGUGUUGCUACAGAAUGAUCUUGAAAAGGUGAAGGGCACCUAUCAAUCUGAAAUUGAACGUUUGUCUCAGGAAUUGGUUGCUGUCAAAGAGACAGCUCAAAAACAACAGUCUCUUUUGGAAGGAAGAGAAGAAUCAUUUGCAGAGUUGAACAAACAGAUUAAUUUUCUUCAGAACCAGAUAGAUAAGUCCAAAGAAGAGCUCAAAACCAGUUCUGAGAAUUUGAGCGCUGACCGUAAAAAAAUAGUGAGUCUCUUAGCAGAAAUGGAGAAAAAAGAUCACCUCAUAGAAAACUUAACUUCUCAGACAAAGCAACAGAAGGAUUUAAUUUCUGCGCUAAGUCAGCAGCUGAAAGAGAAGGAUUGUUCCAUUACUCAGGUCAUGGAAUCCUUGUCUAAUGAAAUGAUGAAGUUUUCUGAAGAAAGAAAUUUAUUAAAUGGUAAACUGCAGCAACUUGAAUCUGUUCAAAAUAGUUCUAUACAAGAGCUAAAUCAAGUGUCCCAGCAACUUGAGAAUUAUAAAAAAGAAGUGGAACGUAAUCAGGUUAUAUUAAGUCACAAAGAAGCUGCAUUUAAAGAUUUAAUGAAUGAAAAAGAACAGAUGCAGUUUAGUCUUGAGAAACUGGGUAAGGAGAAAGAGAACUUGAAAAAGAAACUUCAAGCAGCAUUGUUGGUAAGAAAAGACCUAAUGCAAAAAAUUGCAAAUAUUGAAAACAAUACACAGGAGGAAAUAGAAAAAGAACAUAAAAAAACAGAGGAAUUGUUGAAGAGGAUUGAUGCGUUAACACAGCAGAUGAAACUUGUUCAGAUGCAAAAUAGAGAUCUGGAAUCCCAUCUUGAAACUCUGAAGCAACAGCUUUUAGAGAAAGAUGCCAAAAUAAAUAAAAUGAGUGAGACACUUUCUGCCGAAGUGUCUAAUUUAGAGCACCUUCAAAACUAUGUUGCAAAGUUGAAAGAUGACAUUGCUGUAAAAGAAAAAGAAUCUGAGCAAAAUCUGAAGUCUCUGGAGGACAAAGACACUCUGCUAGCUCACAUGCAGUCUGUGCUUAAUGAGAAAGAAAAAGCAUAUGGAGAAGAAUGUUGUCAAUUUCUCUUGACUCUUGAAAAUCUCAAGGCUGAAAUUUUAAAGAAGGAUGAAUUAUUGAAUAAUAUCAAUUUGGUAGAACCUUGUUUAAAUGCUGGAGUCGCUAAGAAUUCUCUGGGCCUUAAUAGUGAAGUUAAUCAACUAAGUCAAUUAGAAAGAGAGAGAGAGAUCCUACGCAAGAAACUUCAGGCAUCACUUUUGGCCAGGGAAGAGGAUGUUAAGAAAUUUCAGAAAGAAAAGGAAGAGCACCUUAAACUUGGCACUGAUUUGAGUGAACAAAGUAAUGACCUUGAACUCCUCAGGAAGGAGCACAAAACACUUCAACAAGUUCAUCAAAGAAAGGGGGAAGAAUUUGACUGUAAUCAGUUGCUAGUAUGCUCUCCAGAGAAAGAGUUGGAGAUUCAUGUGGCAGCACUUCAAGAAAAGGAAACUACUGAUCCAAAUGGGUUGGAAUCAGAUGAACCUAAAAAUAAGGCUCAGGCUGUGUUAGAGGAGUCACAGCAGACAGUUGGAAUGACAAGGGAAGAGACUGAGUUGGAAAAACUAAUUGAUAACCAGGUAAAACUUCAAGAAGAAACAAAAAUGUUAAAGGAUGAGAUAAGAAAGACAUCAUUUGAACUUGAUGACAAAAUAGAAGAGAUGAUAAACCUGCAGGACUCGGUGAGUCAAAUGGAACAGCCUGAUAAACAUCACAAAGGCUGCAUGUUGGAUGAAAUAAAUCAACUGCAGAAAAAGUUGGACGCUUAUGAUACAGAGGCUCUACACAUUAAGACUACAGUUGAAUGUAGGGAUAAAGAAAAGGAAGCUCUCCUUAAAAGGGGUGAAGAUUACAAGGCAAGCAAGGAGGAAAUUGAAGAACUGAAGAUUAACCUCCAACAAGCAAACAAACUAUUUGUAGAAAAGAAUAAGGGAAUUAAGGAGCUGAUUUGUAUUCUGAUGGAUUUCAAAGAUAAGUUUGAUCAAGAAAAAGGAAAGCUAAAAGAAACUGUACAGUUACAGCUCAGGUGGCAAGAAAACCAGGAAGAAUCUCAAUAUUUUAAAAAGGAAUUUGAAGCAAUAGAAAGAGAGAGAGAAGAGCUUAUCAGUAAUUUAGGGAAGGCCAAUGCAGAACUAGUUGAUAUGAAAAUGGAGCUAAAACAUUUCAGUGAAGAAAACAAAAAACUUAUGAUGGAGUUAGAUAUACUACAUGAGAAGUCUGUACCAGCCCCUGAAGAAAGGAAUAUGGUAUCAUGCAAGAAAGAUAAAGAAAAUUAUAGUGAUGAUGAACUGGUGCUGGCACACUCAGAAACUGAUGUGCUUCAGCCAGGGCUCCAAGGCAAAGACAUCUGUGUUCAGUCACUACAGAAGGAUUAUUCCAGAAGAGCAAAGAUAGUAGAAGAAAGAAAUUGUGAAAUUCAGAAACUAACCAAAAUGAGUCAGGAACAGGCAGGGAAAAAUAUAACUGUGGUUGAUUUUGCCUUGCAAAAGCAAAAGACUGUUGCACAGGAACAAUCCAGAGAACAUCUCCACAGGAAGCUACAAGCAGCUUUAAUAUCACGUAAGGAAGCUCUGAAAGAAAAUAAGUGUUUAAAAGGUCGGAUUGAUGAACUGAUGCUGGAAAAAGAAGAAUUGACCAAUAAGUCACGUACCCUUGAAUGCUUGUUGUCUGAGCUUGGCAAAGAAAAACAAAACUCAGAUGCUAGUUCUUCACUGAGUACAGAAGAAAGCCUUGCUUCUGAAAAUGCUAGAUUAUUAACUGAAAAUGAAAACUUAACUGCUGCAUGUGAAAGUCUUAAAUCUACUAUGGAGACUAUAGUUCAGGAAAAGGAAGCUUUUUCCUUCCAACUAAAUACUUUGAAAGAUUCUCAGACAGUUGAAUUAACAGGAUGGAAAGCUAAACACAGUGAAUUAAAACAAGAUUAUGAGUCACUUCUGCAGGCCUAUGAGAAUAUAAGUAGUAAAAUAGCAGAAAUGAGGCAAAUUAUUGAUCUCACUAGAAAAGAAAAGCAAGAAGCUAUUCAGAGAUUUGCUGAGAGAGAACGUGAAAAACAGGAAUUGGAGAAGCAACUUUAUGAAGCUGUUGAUGAAACUGAAGCUAUAAAGAAUAAAUUGCAGCAGCUUGCUAAAUCUAAACAAAGUGCAAUUGAUGAAUUACAGAGUAAAUUAGAAAGGCAGACAUUUGAACAUGAGGCAAGGAUGGAAGAACUUCAGCAGCGUCUUCAUGAAUUCAUUCUCCAGAACAGACAGCUAGUGGAGGAAAAUGAGCAGAUGAAACAAACUUCUGAGAACCUGAAGCAGGCUUUAGAAAAAAUUCAGUAUGAAAAUGAAGUACCUCAUAAUGAAAUCAGUGCAACUAAAUCAGACCUUCAAGUGCAAAUGGAAUUGAAUGAGGCUGAUAUGCAGUCUAAAAUUACUGAUGCAUUACGUGAGAGAGAAUCAUUAUUAAGGCAAGUAAGUUUGUUAAAUGAUGACAUUUCAGGGAAAGAACUAAAUAUGCUUGCCUUAGCGCAAGAAAGAAGUUUGCUUUCAGAAAAAGUAAAAGAAACUGAAGAAUCUUUGGAGCAGAAAAAUAGGUCUCUAUCAAAGCUGGAAAAUGCAUGUGGAAAUCUUAAACAAGAAAUUGUUAUCUUGAAUGAAAGAGUUAAAAUUUUAGAAGAUGACAAGUGCCUCUUACAGGAAGAACUUGAAAAUGUACAAGAAACGUCUUCCAGAGUUAAAAAUGAGCGAGAAUUUCUGGAGACAGAAUUACUCAACCAUACCAAGAAAGUGGAUCAACUGACAGACAGACUGAAAUCUGCACAGGUACAGAAUACCUUCCUGCUCCAACAGUUGGAAGAAUUAAAGGCAAAGAACUGCAGCCUCAUUAGAGAGCAAGAAGAACAGCAGUUGAAUAUUGCAAAAGUAUUUGAGGAGAAGGUGAAAUGUGCUCAGAGAGGCAAUGAUGGGGCAAAAACCAAAACGAGAGAAUUGCAAGAACUCUUGAAGGAAAAACAGCAAGAGAUCAACCAGUUACAAAAAGAUUCUAUUAAAUUCCAAGAACUGAUUCUAGACUUGGAGCGAUCUGUGAAACUAUCACAGUCAAAGAAUGACGAAUUUGAGAAAGAUUUAAAUAAUGCAACAGAAGAGCGUGCCAAAUUAAAUGAACAAAUAUACCAUCUAAAUGAUGAGCUUUCUUCCCAGAAAAAUUUGUUAGAUCAGUCAAAGAGUGACUUGGACAGGGUUUCAGCUGAGAAUUUAAUUUGGAAAAGAGAAGUUCAGAAGAAGGAAGAUCAACUACAAAAUCAGAGGCAAGAAUAUGAGAAAGAAUUAGAGCUUAGUCUUCAGCAGCUAAAGACAGUGCACAAGAGAGAGUGGUUGAACCUUGAAGAAAAAUACAAUGCACUUCAGCGAGAGAAAGACAAGGUAGAUGGCGAAUUUCAUCGUUUGCAAAAGAAAGUCUAUGUUACAGACUUCUUGUUUAGAAAGGUUCAAGCAGGUUUCAAUGCAACUAUAGCCAAAUUAUCCGCUUUUGUAAAUUGCACAGCUUCUCUUCCAAAUGACUGGGGCCAGAUAAUUCAAAAUAAAGAGAAACAGGUAGUAGAGAGUUACCCAGAAAUAGAGUCUUUACAAAGUGAUACAAAGGAGAAAAUGGAUCCGAUUCAGGAACUGAAGACUACGUUCUCUGUGUUAGAAGAAUCAAAGAAUGAAGUGUACUCAAGGCAGAAAUCUUUAGAUCCCCAAAAUUACAAUGAACUGUGCAGAAUAAAAAAAGAAAAUGAGAUUCUUCUCAACCAACAGCAAAAAUUGGAUACCGUUCUUCAGUCAAAAGAAGCAGCUUUACAUGCAUUGCUUAAAGAAAAUAAUUCUCUUAACCAUCUUCUAGAGAAUAGUAGAGAUGCAGGAAGACAAAUAAAAGUGUUGGAAAAUAGUUUUGCUAGAAAAGAACAGGAGUUGCAACAAAUUCUGUUGGAAAAAGAAAAGAUCCAAGCUGAGCUGGAAAAACAGAUUGCCAUUUCUCAACAAAUGAAGAUAAGGCUGAACAACAAAGAUACAGAAAUAUCUCUACUGGUAUCAUCUAAGGAUGGGGAGAUUUCUGCAUAUCUCACACAAAUACAGACUCAACAUAGAAAACAAAUCAAUGAAUAUGAGCAGCAGUUAAAUUCUUUGCAAAUAAAAGCACAGCAAUCUGAAGAAGCCUGUCAGAAGAUGGAAAAUGAAUUGAAAAAUCUGCAGCUGAAAGCUGAUAAAACUGCUCAAGAUAAGAAUGAAAUUGCCAAUGAAAUUGAUGCCUUAAGAAAAUCAAUGUCAUCUCUUCAGAAUGACAGAGAUGUUCUCUUUUCUAAAUACAAAGAUCUGGAAUAUCAGCACGAAAACAUUUUAAGUCAGAGAGAUGGUCUCUUCACUAGUAUUGGCAACUGUGACAGUGAUUUGAAACAAGAAAUAAGGAAGCAUCUGAAUCGGAUAGAUGAUCUUCAUUCUGAAAAUGCAAAGCUAAGUGCGCAAUUAAUAAAAUGUAGGGAAGACUUUAACCAGGUUUUAUCUCUGAAAGAUCAUCAGUUGAAAGAAUUGCUUAAACAGAAAUUGGAUUGCAUGAAGGACUUUGAACAGGAGAAAUCGAAACUUCAGAAACAAAUCACAGAAAUGCAGCUGACUAAUAAUUUGCAACAGGAGAGUACAAAAUCUUUAGAACAUGAGAAUCAAAUAUUAAUAUGCAAAAUAAAUGAACUGGAGUCUCUAGUUGCAUCACUAAACAAAGAAAAACUCGUUUCUGAAACUAGAGAAAAACACCAGAUGAGGGAGAGUGAUCAGAAAAUAGAAUUGGCAGUCAAUGCACAACAUGGGGAAAAACUUCAAGACAUAUUUAAAAAAAUCCAGAAAUUAGGUAAAUUCACAAAAUCUUCAGAGGGUAAAGACAGUAAGUCAGUUUUGACAUCUGAAUGGGGAAAUGAAACUGAUACAUCUCCAGAGAAGAGGCUGGUAGACCUUCAAUGUCAGAAUAAACAACUGAGAUCCCAUACUGAGUCAUUUGCAAAAGCAAUGGCUUCUUUACAGGAUGAUAGAGACAGAUUAAUAGAGGAUUUCAAAAUACUUCAGAAUAAAUAUGAAUCUGAACUCAAAACUGAAAAAAAGAGAGGAGAUGAACUUGUAACAAAACUGAAUGACUUCACAUUGCAAAUUAUGAAUGUACUAAAAGAAGAUGAUAUUUUGAGCCAAGAGCUUCGCACUGCUAAAAACAAGGUCACUCUGGAUCAGGUUAUUAGUGAAAUUGAAAAUCUCUGUGAGGAAGUAAGUAGCCAAGACCUUGAGAUUUCUACGCUCACAUCUGAGAAUAAGAAGCAUAUUCAGCAAAUUGAAGCCUUUUCCAAAGCCAUGUCUUGUCUUCAGGAUGAACGAGACAGAUUGUUGCAGGAGCUCAGCAAACUGAAGGCUAAAGAAGGAACCAGUCUAGCAACGGUUGAAAUGUCCAAACUAAAGAACAAGGUAGAUGACCUGGAGAGAGCUUUGCAUCAAACCAAAGCUUUCCAAGCGGAAACUGAGAAAGAGAUUGCAUCAUACAAAAAUGAAUUGGCUGGAUUAAGAAUGGAAAAAAAACACCUGCUGACAGAAUCCCAAGCACUACAAAAUCAGUAUCAGAUGGCUAUUAGGGAGAAAGACCGACAGAUUGUAGAAUUACAGAAGUCGCAACAAGAUGCUAUUAUUAAAGAAUCGUCCAGCAGUAAUCACCCAAUCAAGGCACUCGAAAUGGCCACUCUAGUCAGAAGUGAAAACACCCCAGAGCAGGUAAAACAACUUUUAGCUGAGAGAAAUCAGCUUCAGAAUGAGCUGCAGCACUGUCUUCAGGAGAUGCAGCAGAAAGAUGUUACUUUCCAGCAGAUCAAUUCAAAGGUAAUGCAGUCAACAGAGGAGAAUGGUGCCCUGUCUGCCCAGUUGAAGACUAUCUCCCAGACUCUAAGGGAUAAUCAGCUAUGUUACACUGAGCUGCAAAACCGCUAUUUCAGACUUGAGAGGGACUAUCGGGCAAUGCAAGUUGCUCCCUACCAAGAUGCAGCUCAGGACAAAACCAGAGCAGAAGUUCCCCCAGGAGCACCACAGGAGAGAGCUGCAGUUAUUGUUGAACUAGACAACGCAGAAUUAAUUGAACUCAGGAUAAGACUUGCAGAGACUGAACAGCAGUACGAAUCAGUACAGCAGACCCUAUCUCAGCUAACAGAAACACUGUCAGAAGAAAGGAAGAGGAGAGAAGCUGCAGAGGAGGCCUUAGGACAAAGUAAAAGUGUUGAAAUGAGUAGUUACAGAUCUGUUCCUAGAGAUUAUCCUAUCCAAAUAGAGUCUGAUGAGGAAAGAGAGGCUUUGAUCAUUGAUCCCGACAAACAAGUUGUACGUAAGAUAAAAGGAAGAGCCCUUUCUUUCAGAAGAUGGCUUCGAAGGCGCAGCCUUUACUGUUCCAAGCUGCUGACAUCCCGAGCAAAAUCCCGAUAUUUUUUCCUCACAUACUUUGUGACGCUACAUCUUGUUGUUUUUCUGUGCCUCACUGGCAUUCUAUAAAUGCACUGUAUUUGCUGGGUAAAUUAUUUCCUUUUAGAUAAUGGUGUGCCAAUAAGGUAAUGGACUCUUCACAUGCUGCUGUUAAGCUAUGCACUGGACACAGUUGAAUAUAUCUUUGUUACACUACAUGGGUGUUAAGCUUCUUGAAAGAAGUUUCUGUAUAUCACGGUUGCUCCAAAGGUGACUUGAAAUGCUGUUUAACACUGGAAUAUUAUAUUUGCUAAAGAGAAAAUAAAUACCCCCUCACUCUGCCCUAUAAAGAAUCUGCUGCAUUAGGGAUAUUUAAUAUUGUUUGGGAGUAUAUAAUGAUUCAGUACUUCUGAAAUGGGCUGUAAAUGGUAUCUUUUCUAUAUAAAUGUUAUUUAAGAGAGUUAAACUAUACGUUUUAAAGUAAUAUGCAACUACUUCUGUUUAUUGGCUUCUUGAUUAUAGCAAGAAGUUUUAUAAGAGUGCAAUAAAGGAAAAAAGAGCCGGAUCCACUCUUGAUCAUCUUGACUGGAAAUAAAGUUUUAAAAUCUGAACA